AUGCCCAAAGGUGCCGCUUCCGCAAGCGAUGCGGAGGAGCGCAGCGGCGAAGACUGCGAGGCGGGACGGGCGCUGCGGCCGUCGUGCUCCGGCGGUGAGGAGGAUGUCGAGGACGGGGCCCCGAAGGCCAGGUUCUCUCGGAAGAAGCUGCGCCUGAUGCACGACGACUACGACAGGAGAGGGAUUGUGUACAUCAACUAUAUACCUCCCAAACUGAAACCAUUCAAGUUGAAGACAAUGCUCUCUGAGUACGGCGAUCUAGGCAGAUUAUAUUUGGCACCUGAAGAUUCUAGACCCCACCGAAACAAGAAGCAUGGGAAGAGAGGGAAAUCCAAAGGGUUUCGUGAGGGUUGGGUAGAAUUCAUGGACAAGAAGGUGGCCAAGAGAGUGGCAAGAAUACUCAACGGCGGGAAGCGGCGCUCCCCGUUUUACUCGUGCCUGUGGAGCAUGAAGUAUCUGCACAAGUUCAAGUGGGAUUACCUUCGGGAGGAGAUUGCGUACCAAAAGGCGACCUACGAACAGAGGCUGUCCCAGGAGCUGCGAGAUGCAAAGCGCGAGAGGGAAUUUUACCUGUCGCAGGUGGAUCGCGCCAAGCUGGAAGAAAGGAAAAGGCGGCGGGAGGUGGAGGAAGGGGCGGAAGGGACGGAAGGGGCGGAAGGGACGGAAGGGGCGGAAGGGGCGGAAGGGGGGCCGCAUGAGGCCAAGCCGCCGGAUGCGGGCGCUGAGGGAGACGAUGUCAAGAGGUUGCGAUAUUUCCGCCAGAGGGAGGCCAAAGCAGAUGCCUUGGUUGAUAAACACGCACCUGAGAUAGCCAACGACGUCCUCAUGAUGCUGGCUGGCUCGUUCUCGGGGCAGUUGGAGGGGCAAUAG